AUGCCCCUUAUUCAAAGGGUCAAGCAAACUCCUUUUGCAGGUAGGGCUACAGAGGAUGCUAACCGCCAUCUCUCCAAAUUUGUGGAGAUCGCAAACACUCUCAAACUGAACGGUGUCGACGACGAUGCCAUAAGGGUAAGACUCUUCCCCUUUUCAUUAACUGAUUCUGCUAAAGAGUGGUUUGAAUGUAUGCCUAGAGAAAAGGUCUCCACAUGGAAGGACAUUGUAGCUGCCUUCCUCGACAAGUAUUAUCCGCCGGGCACAAUUUUGAAGCUCAAAAGCGAGAUCUUCCAAUUCAUCCAAGGCCAGGACGAACCCCUCUAUGAGGCAUUUGCUCGUUUCAAAGCCCUUCUCCGAAAGUGCCCUAACCAUGGUUUCACCGUGGACCACCAGGUAGGGAUUCUCUAUAAUGGGUUUAACGAGAAAAUUUGUGCUAUGCUUGAUUCAGGUGCAAAUGGAGGGUUCUUAAGGAAGUCAGGUGAGGAAGCCAUGACGGUGAAGAGGAUAGCUGCAGUUGAAGAAGCCGAGGAAAGCUCCUUUGCAAAGGAAUUGGCCGAGCUUCGAGUUAGGGUGGACCAAAUGGAUUCAUCAAGGAAGGAGGACCCGAUUCCACCAACCUCCAUUAUAGCAGUCUCUAAGCCUGAAACUCCUACCCCGAUAGUGGAAGAAAUCAACUACAUACAAGGAGGCGGCCCCAAUAGAAAUUACAACAACAACUAUCGCCCUAACCAGGGGGGUGGUAAUUUCAAUAAUUAUAAUGGAAACCGACCUCAUCCUAAUCUCUCUUAUUCUAACAAUAAUUACUUGCAACCCCCCGCAGGAUUUAAUGUUAGCAAGGGAGGAGUAGUUGAGACACUCAAGAAGGAGGAAAAGUAUGAACAAGGGAUCACAAGGAUCUUGGAGGUAAUCGCGCAAGACAUGAAGGUUAAUGACACCAAGAUCGGAGUGGUCGAAGCUAGAAUAAACAACCUCGAGCAGGAAAUGAACACGAUCUCGACUGCCAUAACCAACAUCAACACGCAGAUGGAGCAAAUCCAAAAGAAGUUAGAUGAGGACAGGGCAAAGGCAGCCGCACUAGUGGACGACGUCAACAAAAAGUGGGUGGCAAAGCAGAAAACUGGGGACUGCCCAGACGCCGGCGAACCGCCGCACACCACGCGGCGGACCGCCACUGAAGCCCAGAAUGGAGUCUGCCCAGCCGCCGGCGGACCGCCGCACACUACGCGGCGGGCCGCCACAGAGAAGGCAGAAGCACCCGCUCAGCAAGGACUCGUGCGGCAUAAUGGGAUUGUGCUACCUUUCCAGCCAAAGAGGAAGUUUAAGCUCGAAGAGCAGUUCAAACAUUUUUUGAACAUGUUUUGUAAAGUUCAUACUAACAUUCCUCUAGUUGAAUCGUUGCAGGAAAUACCUAAAUAUGCGAAGCUACUAAGGGAGGCAGUGAUGAGAAAGAGAAAGCCGACAAAAGCCGACCUUAAGCUACCAAAUCAUUGCAGUGAGAAAGGAGAAGGCAGUGAAGCAGAGAGAUUCGGGCCAAUUCAUUAUCCGAUGCCGGAUUGGAGAGGGGAAGGUCGUGGCGAGAUCACAAUUAGCGAUAACCAUAGCCAAUCCACCUAUAAGAUCGAAAGCGAGAUGCUCAAGUUUGAGGAAGCAAAGCAGGCAAAGAUGGAACAGCAGUGUAGGACAAUCAUGAUCAUGGAUUUGACCAAACCUCAAGACCCCUUUGAAGUGGAGGAUCCUACUACCUCCACUAUCUACAUUGUCAACGAG